AUGAUAUACCCCAUCUUCGACAGUGAUUGGGUUAGCCCGGUUCAUGUCAUGCCCAAGAAAACUAGCGUGACAGUGGUGAAAUUCUCGUCAGGAGAACUGGUCCCUACCCGAGUCCAGAAUGGAUGGAGGGUUUGCAUCGAUUACAGAAAGUUGAAUGCAGCUACCCGAAAAGACCAUUUUCCACUUCCCUUCAUCGAUCAAAUGCUUGAGCGAUUAGCUGGUAAGACCCAUUAUUGUUUUCUCGAUGGGUACUCGGGAUUUUUCCAAAUUUCACAUGCCCCUUUGGAACGUUUGCGUAUAGACGAAUGUCGUUUGGGCUCUGUAAUGCUACAGCCACUUUCCAGAGAUGCAUGGUAUGGCACUCCACGAGCAUUAAUCAGUGAUAGAGGAACUCAUUUUUGCAAUAAGCUCAUAAGUGGACUUAUGGAGAAAUAUGGAGUGACUCAACAAAUUGCCACUACCUACCAUCCACGGAAAAAUGGACAAGCUGAAGUAUCGAAUCGAGAAAUCAAGUCCAUUUUGGAAAAAACUGUUAAACCUAACAGAAAGGAUUGA